CCCAAAGCUAAAAGAAAAUGGAGGAUCAAUCUGACUCUGAUGAAUAUCUCUCAGCAGAAGAGGACCAGGAGACAAAAAAUAAUGAUCUGGCGUCUAAAAUAGCUGAAAUAAAAGUAACAGAAAGUGGAGAGGAAAGUCCUGCUUCUUCUAAUGUCGAACAAAACCAAAAAACCAGUGGAAGCAGCCAUGAAUUGUCUAAUAAUGCAACAUCAAGCGAGACUCCUGAGGUUGAGUAUGUGAGUAAUGUGGACAAUCGCUACGUGAGUGAAGAUGUUGAAGUGAAAGGAGAGAGUGUUGAACUAACUGAAGAACAAAUCAAGGAAUUGAAGGAACAAGGCCACAGACUGAAGGAGCUGGGGAAUGCUUCAUUUAAGGAAGGAGACACUGAGCAAGCAAUAACUCAUUAUUCUGAAGCACUAAAAGUUUAUCCACCGAAUUGUGAUCAGGAGGUCUCAGUAUGUCACUCUAACAGAGCUGCAUGCUAUCUUAAACUGGGAAAGCAUGAAGAAGUAGUUGAAGAUUGCACUAAAGCAUUGGAACUAAAGCCAGACUAUUUAAAGGCAUUAAUUAGAAGAGGGCAAUCCUACGAGGCCUUGGAGAGGCUAGACGAAGCACUUGAAGAUUACAAGAAAGUGCUUGAGAUUGAGCCACACCAACCAAUAGCUCGGGCAGCUGCAUUGCGCCUUCCGCAACAAAUAACAGAACAACAUGAGAGACUCAAGGCAGAGAUGUUUGGUAAAUUAAAAGAACUAGGUGAUGCUGUCUUGAAACCUUUUGGACUCUCAACAAGCAAUUUUAAACUCGAGCAAGAUCCAAACACUGGUGGCUAUUCUGUAAAUUUUCAAAAAUAACGAAAAAUCCUCUAAUUUCUAUUUGUUUUACACUUGUUCUCAGUUUUCACUUCCAUUAUGACUAAAUUAUAA